CCUCCGUCUCACCUCAACUGAAGAGAUUCUCCCAGUUUCUGCACCAUAAGGCGCCGCGCGUCUUUCCAGAAUGGCAAAGCUUUGGGCAUUUCGUACUCCACAUUCGUCGUGUCAUUCAGGAAGUUCCUGCGAAGGAUCUGGACUGGUGGUGUACCAAAACAGAGCAGGCGCCCUGCUGGCUCCUAAACUUCCAGGACGCCUUAGCCAGAUUGUUGCUUCGAUAUGACAUCGAGAUCGCGGAGAUUCAUCUUGGAACCUUCUCGCUGCAUCAUGUCGACAGAGACUUUCCUAAGAGAGCCAACGCAGAGGCGAUUCGUGACAGAGGCGCGUAAGAUGGACGUGGAGUCCAAACAGUUCCUCUACGAGCGAGAGUGUCUUAUCACGUGGCUUCUGCGAGUGCACCGAUGCAUUCGUCGAGUGCGCCUUGACCUCACCGAGGUGGCCCAGUCUCCAGGCGCGUUCUGUCGGGGAUAUCGCCUCCACGAAGACUACAAGAUUCUCGAACUGGGAGUCAGUGGGAAAACCCUGCCUAGAGGGCGCCGCCUCUUUCUGUUUCUCGGUCACGUGACCCAGCUCACCGAGCUGUCACUCUACGGACUGUACCUGAUGCACCCAGACGACCAUUGCCGCCUCGCCGCGCUAGUCGCAAGCAACGUGUUCCUGAGGAAGCUCACGCUAAAGAAGUGCCAUAUCGCCGACAGGUAAUAACCGUAGUAAUUGCUAGAC